AUGUCAGAGUCAAGUCAGUUAUGUUCCACCACUUCCAUCUCCUUUGACUACUCCGACACCUCUACCUUCAGGGUUUACUCACACAGCACUUCCACUUCAACCCCAAGCACUGCCUUCACCAAGUCAACAGUUUUCUACACCUGCUACUCUAUGUCAAAGUCAAGUCAGUUAUGCACCACCACUUCCAUCUCCUUUGACUACUCCGACACCUCUACCUUCAGUGUCUGGUCAAACUGCACUCCAACCCCAACCUCAGCCUUCACCAAGUCAACUGUUUUCUACACCCGCUACUCAAUGUCAAAGUCAAGUCAGUUAUGUACCCCCACUUCCAUCUCUGCUUCCACAUUUGAAUGCGACCAUAUAAAAUCCUUGGCUUUCUGUCCUCGAAGCGCUGAUGAUGCUAUCACUUUAAAUGAAGAAGUGCUGAUGGAAUUGGUGCAACAAAAGUGGUUUGGGGAAGACAGAAAACAGAAAUGCACUGAAAGUCAGCGGACAGCAGGUAUUAUGGGUGUGCCACUCUCAGUGGAGGUGACAUUUGCUGGACCUUCAUCCAAGAAAUUUAUUUCAGUGUAUGAACCCAAAACAUCAUAUUAUAGCCACCUUGGAAGAGUAAUUGUUGUGUAUGACUCAAAAAAAAUCACAUGGAGUUGCCCAUGUAACAAAACCAAGCAGUCUUGCGUGCACAAAUCAAUUGCUAAGUGGCACUUAUUUCAAACACACAAGUCACUUUUUAGAAAAGUAAGGACCACAGAAUGGACUGAUCCCCCCCAGAGUUCGCAGUUCCAAAUGGAAGAUUUACACGAAGAACAAUACCCACCAAAUGAGGCAGGCAUAAAGAAAAUGGUGCUUUAUUUAUUGAAAGAAAAAAGUCUUCCUGCAGACCUGCCAAAGGAACUUAUUAGUGGCACUAAACCCAAGUGUGAAUUCCCACGCAGCCUAAUUCCAGAGGAGACUUUCUGCUCCCAGUGCAUGGGAAAUCAGAUGCUAAGUGAUCCAAAACUCAUAACAUCACGGGCAAGGAUUUUAACCUUCACAGGACUUGUUGAAGGGAUUUCUACUUACUACAAAGUGUGCAACAAGUGCAAAAUGAUGUACCGUUAUCAAGAGUUCACGGAUGGAAUCCAUAAUUUUAAUGACCACCUUCUGAUUUUACUGCAUUUAUGCUUGAUUCCUCGCAAUACUAUUCAGGUAUGUUACCCAUUAUAG